GCGAAUGUGGGCGGUCUCCGAUUGCAGUAUCAUCGUGAAUACCGAAUAACCACGCAAAUCUUGAUAUGGGUAUUAUUUUCAGGAAUAUACAAUGCUGUAUUUCCACCGACUGAAAUAUAGACCGGCAAUGAUUCUACAAAGAGUCGCAGUCUAAAGAUCAGGAGAUGUCACGUUGACAGCAGCAGGAUAUCCCGAGUGGGGGAAGACUGAAACAUGGGAGAUAUAUGCACGAUUCUCUGCGGUUUUCACGAAGAGCUAAAAGCCAUUUCAAAUUAUGUCCAAGCCAAGGACACCACUAAGGUGACAAGCGUCGAAUGACAGAGUAGUAUGGGAGAAGAUGGACGUCCCAACAACGGCUCAGACCUACGGACACAGCACCCAGCCCCAGGCUGGUCAUAAUGGCUGGUCGGCAACCCAUCCUCUGACCGGUCCAGGUUGUACCGUUUCCCAAGGACCGCCCAGUCACAAUUUGCUCAGCCUACAGGAUCUUAACCUGGGCCCGUCCUCAGGUCAGAGCUCCUCGAACACUACGACACAGAUUAUUCAGGGCUACCAGUGUAGUCUUCCAAAACCACCACUGUUCCACCUGAGACCUCACCAUACCUCUUCUUCUGGGAUGCUUUGUUCAAACCAAGGUCCUUACACACCAACUCCACAUUUGACACCAUAUUCAAAUCAGGGUCCUUAUAAUGCACCACCUUGCUCAAACACAGGCCAUCAUAUACCAGCUGUGACACCGUAUUCAAACCAGGGUCCUUAUAAUGCACAGCCUUGCUCAAACACAGGCCAUCAUAUACCAGCUGUGACACCGUAUUCAAACCAGGGUCCUUAUAAUGCACAGCCUUGCUCAAACACAGGUCCUUAUAUACCACAACCAGCUGUGACAUCACACUUGAACCAGGCUCCCUGCAACAGCUCUCCACCCACACUUCUCCCUCUGAAAUUAGGGCCACCACCUAGCAGACCUCCACCCAUACCAGGUUCAAACCAAGGUCACCACAACAUGCUCUCUCCCUCCUAUCCGUCUGAAAGCCAUGGUGUUUUGAAUGGCCCUCCAGCCACAUUGACGUCACCAAACCAAGGAGCUCUUAACAACAGCUGUCCAUCGAGUGACCCGAGUACCCAUCCAACCACGUAUUGGGGUCCGAAUCAGGCCUCUCCUCUUCCUCUUCCUGGCAUGGUCUAUGGCUCAGUUCAUCCCUCAGCACGCCUUACCUUACCAGUCCAGGAACAACCUCAGUGGGCUUUGCCUCAGCAACGCUACAGUCACAGUGGUGCACUGGACAAGCCUGGCCAGGAAGUCUUUCCAUUUGGACAGGAUGGAACCUCCGUACAGCCGUCCUGUCCAUCUCCAGGGGACAGCGGUGUGUCGGGUAGCCCCAGCUCAGAGUCACGUUAUGGCCUUGACCCUCAGCUUCUACCCAGCGCCGUACGCGUGAUGGCAGAGGACAGGGCAGAGUGGGGGGGGAAGGUGUUCGUGUCCGGGCCUGACUGCUCCCUCCCUCCACUGGCUACCACGGACUGUGUCAUGGAGGACAGAGGAAAUUCCUCUCCUCGGUUCCUCCUCGCCACCUCCUACUGCUUCCCGUGUGAGGGUCAGAUGGCCCUUCAGAACCACGUACCCCUCGGGGCACUCGUCACCCCGCUGGCCACAAUGCAUAAAGGAGAGCGCCCCCUGCCUGUGUGUAAUGAGGCAGACACUUUGAAGGGUUGCGGUCUGUGUGGGGCCUACAUGUGUUUUGCUAUGGGCUGGCAGGACUGUGGACAGAGGUUCUACUGCCCAUUCUGUGGGAAUCUCAGUGAAGUACGGUGGCAACAUUAUCAUCCUACUAAAGGGGUGCAGGGUGACAGACUGGACAAAGACAAGAGACCUGAGCUCAGUCUGGGAUCCUAUGAGUUACUGGACCAUGAGCAGGAUGCAUCUGCUGCAGUGCUUCUGUUAGCUGUAGACGUGUCUGCUGGCGCCCUGAGAGCAGGACAAGUCCACCACAUCAGCCAGCAGCUACGCUCUCAACUCACGUCACUGCACAGGGAGGAAGGUGCUGUCCAAUCAGACGUCCGUCUGGGGUUGAUCACCUACAACAGCAGGAUCCACCUCUACGACCUCAGCCCGGCCCUGUCCCGCCCGCACAUGCUGGUAGUCACAGAAACUGAGGAACUGCAACUUCCUGUGAGGGAGGGGCUUCUGGUGCCUCUCAAAGACUGCAUAGACAGUAUUGACAGCAUCCUGCAGCAUAUCCCUCUCUUCAGUGAAGAUUAUGAGGAGUCGAGUGGAGUUCCCUUUGACCUUCCAGUCCGGGCAGGGCUGGCCAUUCUACAGGCGUUUGGUUGUCGGGGUAAGCUGCUGGUCUUCCACAGCUCUCCCUUCACAGAGGGAGCCGAAGCACUCUCCCCCGGCUUCUUCAACUCCAAAAAACUAAAGUCCCUCUUCCAGCCCCCAGAGCCUGCCAUCUCAUUGGUUACAGAGUGUGUCAGUCAGGGCUGCGGCGUGCACCUGUUUGUGUUCUCCCAGCAGAGUGUGGGUGGGGCAUGGCCAGGGCAUGUCCCUUAUCUGACAGGUGGAGCUCUGCACUGCUACCACAGUUUACAGGGAGAGUUGGACAGAGAGCGUUUCAGCUGUGACCUGAGGAGGACUGUGGAGAGGGAUACAGCCUACAGGGCCACACUCAGGAUACACGUCAGUAAAGACUUGCGGGUUUCAGGCUGUUACGGCUCUUUUGUCCCCGGGCCCAACCCCGCCCACGUGGCCAUGGCAACCCUUAAUGAGCAAACGACGCUGGCCUUUGAGCUGACUCACAGCAGAGCGCUGGAUGAGAAGAAGGGUGUGAUCAUACAGACGGUCCUGUCCUAUACCAGCCAACAAGGAGUGAGGAGGACCAGAGUCCAGAGCCUGACACUACGCUGCUCCCGCCAUCUACUGGACACCUUCCGCAACUGCCAGGCUCAGACACUGCUCACCUUCUACUGCAAGAAAAUGUACUGUGCGGUGUUAGAGCGCCCUCUGCAGGAUCUCAGAGAGGAACUACAGACGGAGGUGACCGCAGCUCUGGCCUGCUAUAGAAAGCACUGCAGCUCUUCCUCUGUAUCCCCGGGACAGCUGGUCUUGCCCCAGUACCUGAGAGCUCUGCCAGUCUACCUCAACAGCCUGAGGAAGAGCGAGGUGCUGCUGCCCGGACUACGCAGUUCAAUCCACCAACGCCUCCAGCUCCGCUGUCAGCUGGUUUCCAUGGAUGUCAGGAACACAGCAGGGCACUUUUACCCUUUCCUGCUACCACUGCCAGUAGGUGGAGAUACACCCAGUCUGCCUGACCUAGGGGAGGCAGUGCGAUGCCGGGCUGCGAGCCUGGACCCUGGGGGUCUCUACCUGGUCCAUGGACCCCUGGUUCUGCUGUUGUGGGUAGGCCAAAACAUCCCCAGUCCCUCCCUGGUUCAAUUGUUCAACAUCGCCUGUCUGUCUGCGCUGCCAUCUGGAGAGGUGAGAGGGAAUGAGGAGAUUAAGCUGCCUGUGCUGGACAACACACUGUCUGUCAAUGUGAGGGGACUCAUUGACAGCCUGAACUCAGAGACACCCUACACCCGCAAGCUGCAAGUGGUGAAGCAGGGCGACAGCUGUGAAGAGGCUCUACAGCGUCUUCUGGUGGAGGACAAGAGUCCCAACGGUGGAGCGAGCUACGCAGACUUUCUCUACCACCUUCAUGUAAACUCCAUACGACUACUGGGUCAUUAGGGCUAGUUAUGAAAUACUACGCACUGGAACGCAAAUUAAGGUUUCUAACUGGACCAGACCAACUUGUCCCUUCUGCUUUUACUGUGCUUUAUAGCUCUGUAUGUUCACUGGUUUUAUAUACAGACAGUUGACAAAUUUUAGGAAAAACCAACAUAAAGUGUCUCAGUAAGGUGUUAAGUCACCAAGAUCUAGAACAGCGUCAGUGCACCUUGGCUUAGAUUUGAGUUUCUGGAAUUCUACUGGAGGGAUGGAACAUCAUUCUUCCAAAAGAUAAUCCUCAUUUGAUGUUUUAAUGGUGAUGGAAAGCGCUGACUAAAAUGUUGGUCCAAAGUCUCAUAGGUGUUGAAUUGUGUUGAGAUCUGGUGACUGUGAAGGCCAUAACUUACUGCAUUAUUCACAUUCUUACUCUUCAAACAAUUCAGUGACCCUUCGUGUCCUGUGGAUGGGGGGCAUUAUAAUCCUGGAAGAGACCACUCAGGAUAGAAAUGUUUUGGUGUAUGCCACACAUGCACUCAUUCACUUGUUGAGAAUAGGGUGACUCAUAUGACCAUAUCACUUUUUUCACAUCUCUGUAAAGCAGUUCUCAUGGCCUUUGUACCACCCAACUCUCAAAUCUGCAUUGGUCUUUGCAAUGCAGGGUUUAUGCCCAGCAAGCCCACUUUAAAAUCCCUCUCUGUAAUGUUCUCGAUGUACUGUUCUUUCUGACAGUCUAAUAACAUUCUGCAUUGACAUUCUCAGUCAACUGGGAAAUAAUUUAUAUUCUGUUUUACCUUACAUCCAUUGUGUGUUUCCGACCACAAUUUCCAUGUCUUUCCCAUAGAUAUAUUGAAACACUAGCCAUUUGCGCAGUCUUUGUGACUGAAGCUCCUGCCAUCCAUGCCCCAAUAAAGAACACUUUAUUUUAAAGUCAUUUCCUUUUCUCUUACCAUCUUGAUCCCAAAUCAAGGUCGGCUGUGCAUGCUUAGCAUUUCUAUACAUGCCACAGAGCAUGAUAAGGUGUUAAUUGCUGAAUUGUUUCACUCUGUACGCCUGUAUCUAAGGGUCUGUAUUCAGUAUGUUUUUGUAUCCACUAAUUUAUUCAGAUUUUUCCUAUCUGUGGACCAUGGCUUUUGCCCUGAGAUGCAACUAAGAAGAUGUCAGGAAAAACCUACUAG